AUGUUAUCCUCUAAAGUAUACUCCCCGCCAGAAACGGAGCGUUCGGCUGUGCAGCUGCAGGAGCUUCAGGACCUGCAGAAGCAACAUAACCAGCAGGUGCAGGAGGUGCAACGGCAACAGCAGCAGCAGCAGCGACAGCAGCGACCACUAGGCGUAACGGGACUGGGAGGUCUUGCGCAGGGAGUAGGAGAAGCCGAGUCGACGACUCUCAACAACGGCGGCGAGCGCCCUGUUCGGGAGUUCAACUACAACGGACGAGUCCGCAACAGUGAACGAGCCAGUGUCCGAGCAAGCUCUGGCGUCCUUGGUCGACAACACCCUCACCGUAGCUCCUUUUCCAUCUAUUCCAACUAUUCGUCCUAUUCCUCCUCAUCAGACGGAGGAGUAGGAGGCGGGGGCGGGGGAGGAGGGGCCCGAGGCUCGGUUCCAACUGGCGCCAGAGAUGGAGGGGCAGCACCACCAACGCACCCACCACCACUACCACGUCAACCGACACCGACCCCAUACACGGCGCAACAGCCGCGGCGUAUCCCCAUGAUGGAUAUGGUGACGCCGCAGGCGCCGGGGACGGCGGGCACCGCCGGCACCGCUAACACGGCGGGGACAGACGCCACGGCCGUCGCCGGGACCGAGGAGUUCGUGAAGCGGCAGCCCUCGCAGCAGCAAGUGCGGCAUCCGCCACCGACGUACGCCCCAUCGCAGGAUCCGUAUAGUCGUGUGAGGUUCGCGGACGAGGAGCGGAGGCGGGAGGAGGCGGCAGCGAGAGCUAGGGCGGGCCAUCCUCAUGGACAAAUCGAUAUGGCGCAGAUCGCGGGCGGGCAUAGCAUGCGUGCCCUCUGGGUGUUUGCGUGCUGUGCCUUCUUCUGGUAUCGGUGUUUAAUGGAUGAGGACUUCUGA